UCCUGAGCUGCGGACGGCGAGGGGUGCGGGGGCUCCCGGGCGUUCCUGGAGGCCCGGGAGGGAAGGGACGCCAGAGACGGCUUCCCUGCGGCGGGGAUUCCCUUAACGGGGUCCCCAGGCGAAGGGGCGGGGCCGGAGGUGCCCUGACGCGGCCACCCGGGCGUUCCUCGCCCGGUGGUGUUCCCCACGGCAGGUGGCCCCCGACUCGAACUACAGCCAUGGGAAACACCGCCAGCGACCGGGCGGCCGGGGAGCGGCACGGCGCCAGGGCUGCGCGCGCGGAGGGCGCCGGCGGCCACGGCCUGGGCAAGGAGCACAAGAUCAUGGUGGGCAGCACUGAGGACCCCGGCGUCUUCAGCCUGCCGGACUCCAAGCUCCCUGGGGACAAAGAGUUUGUAUCAUGGCAGCAGGAUUUGGAGGACUCCGUAAAGCCCACACAGCAGGCCCGACCCACUGUUAUCCGCUGGUCUGAAGGAGGCAAGGAGGUCUUCAUCUCUGGGUCCUUCAACAAUUGGAGCACCAAGAUUCCACUGAUUAAGAGCCAUAAUGACUUUGUGGCCAUCCUGGACCUCCCUGAGGGAGAACACCAGUACAAGUUCUUUGUGGAUGGACAGUGGGUUCAUGAUCCGUCAGAGCCUGUGGUUACCAGCCAGCUUGGCACGAUUAACAAUUUGAUCCAUGUCAAAAAGUCUGAUUUUGAGGUGUUUGAUGCUUUAAAACUAGAUUCAAUGGAAAGCUCGGAGAUGUCCUGUCGAGACCUUUCCAGCUCACCCCCAGGGCCUUAUGGUCAAGAAAUGUAUGUGUUUCGAUCUGAGGAGAGAUUCAAAUCCCCACCCAUCUUGCCUCCUCACCUUCUCCAAGUUAUUCUUAACAAAGACACUAAUAUUUCUUGUGACCCAGCCUUGCUCCCCGAGCCCAAUCAUGUUAUGCUGAACCAUCUCUAUGCGUUGUCCAUUAAGGACAGUGUGAUGGUCCUUAGUGCAACCCAUCGCUACAAGAAGAAGUAUGUCACUACUUUGCUGUAUAAGCCCAUCUGAAGGGAUCCCUUUUUGCCUCCCAGGCUUCAGAAGCAUUUCCCUUGCUUUUCUGGACUGGACCAGUCUUACCUGAGACUGGAAGGCUGAUUUGCUUUGAGGCUGAUGUUGUGUUUCAGAGCCUCUGAGUAGGAUGCUCUUCUUUUGCAUUUGAUUGAAGACGAGAGCUUUCUGAAUUCAUGGAAUUUAUUUUAAGAAAGAAAAUUAUAUGUACAUGUGAAAGGAAAGUUAAUGGAAGCCUCCUAGCUAGACGUAUUCUCUCUGCCUGUGGGGACUUACCAAGAACUGUUUGGGGAUGCUGCAGGAAGAACCUUCAUUACAGGAAGCUUUUCUCCUAAAACGAAUGAAGAGCAAACUCAGGAUCCUUGAUGGGUGGAGAGUCUAUCACUGCUACCUUGGCUUUCCAAGGGAUGGACUUGUGCCAGACUCCGGCCCUACAUACAGCUGCCUCCUUGCAGGGCAGCUUUUCUUGCAUGGGUUUUCUGUAUUCCCAGAGUAUGUGGCACAGUCUGUUACUGUUUGUGUUUGUUUGUUUGUUUUGAGUGUGUUUUUUAUCCUCACCUGAGGAUACAAUCUGUGUUUCUUAUAUAGUACCAGAUGCCCCACAAGAACCCUUUUUUCCUCUCAUGUCACGUUCUUGCUUUGAUAACCUCUUUCAGAUCCUAUACCUGACCCUCCCCUAACAAAAAAUCAUUGGGUAAAUGACCCCUUUCAAAGGCUGUGUGAUAUCUGACCCACCUCGGAGACUAGGGCUGCUAGAAAGUCUUCUUUAGCCCAGCCCAGGCACAGGCCACUUUGUUACCACUUGUCUAAGGAAAAUAAUGGCUCAGCAUGAUAAGAAAGGCCGGAAUGCAGAAGGCCUACUCUCUUGUUUUAAUUUCACGCCGCAGCUUAGGCUGUAUUGGCACAUUCCUAUAGGUUUUCCUACCUGGCCAGGCCCUGUCCAUGUUCUCCUUCUCAGAGCAGAUGGCAUGAAAGGUGGGAGUGAACCAAGGAAAACUUUCAUUUCUUUCAUCCUUGGAAGAUUUUUAUGUGCCUAUAUUUUCCUUUAAUUUAAAAUGCCUUCUCAUUGGUCGUACAAGACUUGAUAGGAGAAUUCAGACUCUUGAUAAAUGGUUCCCAAGAUUUUCUUCCCUAGUCUAGCCCUCUACAAUCUUACAUUGAAGUAGGUGACCCUGUGCACAUCAUUACACUAAAUGCUGUUCCAGACACAGAUUUAUUCAGGCUCAUUUGAUGCACCUAAAAGGUUCCCUCAACUCAAGAUUCAUUAGGCCAAGAAGCAAGAAAGUACCCUUGGUGUUUUCAACCAUCAUUUUGUUCUUCUGCCUCUUUUUAAAAAACAUUUGAGGGUGAAGUGGGGUCAAUGAUUUCCAUUUGUGGAAUGGAAAGUAGCUAUUCAAUCCACUCUUGGGUUUCAAUGAUAAAACAUAUUUUCCAGGUAUCUUCCAUUACAGAUAAAUGCAUGUCACACAUUCAACACCUAAGGAGUCCACACUUGAUGCUUGAGAGACUCCUUGACUCCUAAGAUCAGCCCAGCCACACUGAAAGGGCAUCCACAGGUCAGUUUUUUUUAACCUCUGCUUUCCCAUACAAAGCUGAGGACAGAGUUAUUUUCAGGCAUGUAGGCCUCUUACUAGGUGUGAGGCAGUAGGGUAUGGUGUUUUGCUGGGAAUGCAAAUUGCUGAGUGCUGUGGUGGCCAGCUGCUGAGAGUAAAUAUUGCUUUAGCCACUCAAGACCACCUGCAGCAAAAGGCGUUUGUGGAGAACUUUUAUGUCCCAACCACUUUUUGAAUGGUGUGCCAUUUAAAAUACCCAGGCCAAACCCUAUUUUAACCAACGCUUAGGAUCUAUAUCAUCUUCAGUUAAACUAGAAUUUUAUUUUUUCUAAUACCCAUUAAAUAAAUGAGCUACUUAGGAAGGAGUCAAAAUCUUGGUUGUUACAGAAAGGAUUUUGUUGUGCUCAUAUUUCUUGUCAACAGUAUUGAAAUGUAAUUGCCUAUAUGUUCAUGUACUAACAUUUUUACUCCACACAGGUGUAUCGUAGAGGGGCCAGGAAAAGAGACCCCUUCAAUUUCUCUCUGGCCACAGGCUUUGUUGAAUUGGGUUUGGCUCCAGUGAUAGUAGGUUUUGGUGCUGGUGACUUUGACAGCUUUCUAAUCUGGACACUUGCUGAGAGUGUUCCCAAGUAGUGAGGUAAUCUUCCAGCCAGAUGUAAAAUGGGAGCCUGCCAGCUGGUAGGGAAGGUGACAGGUGAGAGGAACUGGGUGAUGACUCCUGUAUUGUUCCUUCUCUGUACUGCUGAUUUGUCCCACAGCCCUGAGAAACCUGAUCACACUCUUGGCCUUUCCCUAAGAAACCGUUUUAGACAGUAGGGAGGGGGAGGAAGGUAGCCCCAAGUACACCCACCCAUUCCUUUAUAUUGGUUAAAGGGAUAUUUUACUUUCUGCAGAAGAGAGUUUGGCAGAUUUUGGAAAUUAAUUAAAGCAAGAAAAAAUAUUUUUAGCUUUUUUGGGAGAGGCUAUAGUAGUUUCACAAGGGUCAGAAGAGUAAGAAAGUAGCUCUUGAGAAGGCUAACCUUUAAAGAACUGCAUCAUGCUUUUGGGGUUGUGGGAAGAAAUGAGCUGAGGCAUAAUACUAGGAAAAGAAAGACUUGAGUAACUCAGAACUAUCCUUUUUUAAAAAAUUUAAAUCAGACAUAACAUGCUAGUGUCCUUGGAUCUCACUGUACAGAAUUUACUGUAUAAAAGACUCGUGUUCCUAUUCUCUAUCCUUUUUUCUAUAUUCUGCUUUAACUUCAUUUGUCAGGUAGACUCUACCAGGGUAUCAAGUCAAAACAUUACCUAAAGUAAAUGUUAGUCAUCGUGCUGGUUUGGAGAACUUCUACGUCAUGGUUGUUAGCUUGCUUUAAGCUUAGGGAUUCAACCAGUACAGGCAACACUCCUGAAGGGCAUACCUGGGCCUUAAGAGUUUGGCUUUUUAAAACAAUGCUUACGUGGUAAAGCAAGCCUAUAAAAGAAGAAUCCAGGAGAAGUUUCUGAGAGGAUCCUAUAAACCCUGGCCACUCCCUUCCAGUUAUUUCUAGUCUCUUGUAGACCUAAUGGAUCUGAGAUAAACCUUUGAAAAGUGUUGGUACUCUAUGUAUGCUGCUAACAUGAAGUUAAAUUUGGAAAGAAGUGUUACCUCCAGACUGGGUUUAUAUUAAUCUGGGGUAUAAAUGAAGGAGACAUACUAAUGAUAGAAUUCCCUGCUUUUAACUGGGGAAACAGGGCUUUUAAAUUUUUGACCUCAACUAAAAAUGAUAUGCAAUAGUCUGUGUUUGUGUGUGUUUGAAAUAUAUUCUGUUCUCAAUGGUUUCUAAAUCCUCAUGUUCUAGUGAUUUGGGGCAUGGGCUUACUAGCAGAUACAUAGUUUGUUCCUACAUUAUUCUCACUCAUCCUUAAAGCCAAGUUCUUGCUGUCUUCUACCAGGGACUUCUGAUUUCAGUUACCAUGGGGUGGAGGGUCUGGGAGGGGUAGAAGUUAAGGUCUUUUAAAACUCUGAAUCUAGGCAUUUGCCUCCUCUUUCAUGCCAAUCACAAUUGGAGCUUGAAGGGCUGUGACUUCUGCAAUGAACCCAAACUUUUGGAGUAAAAAAAAUUGUUUAUUUUUAAAUUAUAAGAAAAAAGAAAGGAAUAAAAGAAAAAAAAAAACCUCAAAUCUGCUACUUACAAAAUCCAAUUUUUAGUAAUGGAGUCUCUCUAGGAUUCAUAUUUGGGGUUUGUCUUGAUUUGCUUUUCUCAAUUGUGCUUGGAAGUGAAUACAUUUGUUAAACAUUAAAUUUUUUAUUAGUUUCAACAUUAAUUGGAGAGGAAUUAAUUGUGUGCAGCACAGUGCUUUUGUAGUAAGAUUGGUAUGAGACAAUGAACACUGGAUUUUGUAGUCAGAGUAAAUGGUCAAGGGAUUCCUAACAACUGUUAUGUAUUGAUCAUCUUUUCUACUUCUGUCUACAGAACACUUAUCUUACCCAGGUUGAGGUUUCACUGAUGGUUUUAGUCCUUAUUUCCACACUGGGACCCAUAUGUGAGACUUGUUUGAAUACUUGUAAAUUGGAGGAUGUUGGUUGUUAUUAUACAGAAGCAUUUUGAAUUAGUGAAGCUCAGUCAUAAAGGAGAAAUGAUACUAUGAUUUGAAGAAAAGUAAACAUGUGAGACUCCUUUAAAUGGUGCUUUUUGUAACCUUUUGUGCUGAGGUGCAGAACUGCUUUUCAGUGUUUCAUAGAGGAGUGGCAUACAAGAAUGGAUUUUAAAACUUUUCUCCAAAUGUAAUUUGUUACUGGAUUCUGACGUGUGUGGAAAUUAUGUGACAUAACACAUACAGAAAUGUGAGUUUUUUCCCCAUAAAACUGUUGAAUAAAAAUAUUA